GCAACCUGUAACUGGUCUUUAUCUCCAUCCCAACUAGUUUUUCAAUACACGCGGACCGAUUUUGCGAAAUAUAUGAGGAUACAGUGUAUUUAAAUAGGCACACUAACGCUCUAGACCCUCUUAGCACUUUAUGAGAUAGUGACUGCAGCAGUUUGCUUGAGUUGAAAAUCACAUAAAUACGCGUGCAAGUCUUGCAGACCACCUCAGCUUUUCACGUCGAACGCAAAGAAGUAUGGUUUCUCGAAACGUUGUUGACACAGUCGACACGAUGGAGGCUCGUGAAGUCACUAAACGGGAGAUUAUGGAGUCCAUCGCCGAACAGGCCUUCCCUGACAAUGAUCCUAUGUAUUUGAUUGACGUUGGGGAGGUGAUUCGCAAGCAUCGCGUGUGGAAGGAAUUACUCCCAAAGGUCGAACCUUUCUAUGCGAUGAAAUGCAAUCCUGAUCCCGUUAUCAUGAAGAUGUUGGCAUCUAGCUUGAACACUGGCUUUGACUGUGCCAGUCGCGAGGAAAUGCAGCUGGCGAUUGAGUUGGGAGUUUCCCCAGAUCGCAUUAUUUAUGCAAAUCCAUGCAAAGCUCCUAGCCACUUGCGCUACGCCAAAUCCGUCGGUGUGGAUCUCAUGACCUUCGACAAUGAAGAUGAGCUUUGCAAGAUUAAGCAAGUGUACCCCAAUGCCCGCCUUGUGCUGCGUGUGCUCACGGACGACUCAUACUCAGUGUGCCGUCUGGGUGUCAAGUUCGGAGCGGAUCCUCGACGUGUGUUCUGUCUACUGCAGACAGCAAAGGAGAUGGACUUGGAUGUUGUUGGCAUCUCGUUCCAUGUGGGUAGUGGGUGCUACAACUCUGAUGCCUUCUUGGACGCACUCCGUGUAGCCAGGGCCGGUUUUGACGCUGGUGCGGAGAUGGGGUUCAACUUCACACUCCUGGACAUCGGCGGUGGCUUCCCCGGAACGGACGAUGCUGUCAUCUCCUUCGCCGAGAUCUGCAGCGUUUUGACUGACGGGUUUGCUCGCUAUUUCCCCCAGGAGAAAUUCGCGCACGUGCGCAUCAUCGCUGAGCCCGGACGCUACUAUGUUGCUGCAUCCCACUCGCUUGCCGUCAAUGUCUUUGCCAGACGCCAGAUUCAGGGCGAUAGUGACAGUGACUUGCGAUUGGAGCGUGAGGAUUCUGGUGUGAGCGGUAGCUCAGAUAUCGAGAGCGGUCCCAAUACCGCGAAUGAUACCUGGCAUGCCGACCGGUCCGAUGACGAGAACUUGACCCAGUCUCAGGCUGAGCUAGCAGUCAAGUUCAUGUAUUAUGUCAAUGACAGCACAUACGCCUCCUUCAACAGCAUCAUCAACGAUCACGCUAUUGUGGUUCCACAGGUGCUCAAGAAGGCGGAAGAGCCCAAGUCCAAGCAUCUCUCAGUUCUCGGAUCAGCUGAUGAUGAGCAGCUGUACGCUUGUAGCGUAUGGGGCCCUACUUGUGAUGGUCUAGAUUGCAUCAACAAGGAGGCGACUCUACCGAGACUUGCGGUAGGGUCUUGGUUGCGCUUCGAUGAGAUGGGUGCGUACACGUGCGCGGCUUCCUCCCGCUUCAACGGGUUCCAGUUGGCUGGCAAGCGCUACAUUAACACCGAGGUGAACACUGAUGCUCUGGUAGAUGAGGUGCUCACAGGGCUUGGCCUGACCCCAAUGGAGUACGUUUGUGAUAUACUGACUGAGGGGAAAGUCCAGGCCGGAGCGGCUCUGUGCAAUUGAGAGCUCUGGGGUAAUGGUACGAAGCGCACGGUGAAAGCCCCGGGCAAUGUGCCAUACCCCUUAAUGAUCCCGCAUGAGGCGAUGGGGACGAUGGGACGUGAUUGUUACCAAGAUCCAGGAAACAACCACGUCAUUCGCGAUCCUGACGCUGAGAUUUUUGAUCAUGACGUGGAUAUAGUGUGUUCUGCACGUCAAAUACCCGACAGAUUUCGCAAAGCUGAAGUAAUAAUCAUUUCCAAGGACUGCUUCCCUUCAUAAAUAAGCCGACAUUGUAUAUUAGUGUGUCGUGCUGUAUCGCGCGUGCAGGGUUUGCGCUGCGAAUAUAAUUUCGUCAGGCAAACCAAAUAGAACGUUGCAGGCCUGGAAUAGCAUUUCAUAGCAAAUACACGAUAUUAGACUUAGAGAGGUAGACACGUAUUUUAAUCAAUAAAUAUAUUUUUACCAAA